UUUCCACUAUCCAUUAUCAAGCAGACAAGCACCCACCACCACCACUCUCCAACUAGUAUCGGCGACGGCAACACCGCCGGCGACGGAGAUAACAGCGCACUUCUGUUCUCCUCUGCCGCCUUCUUCCGCUCUGCUUCUUCCAACCUUCACAAUCCGUUCACCUCUGCCUCUUUGCCUCUGCUUCCCUCACUUAUAUCGAUGUUGCAUGCAGCAUCACCUGCCCCUGGCUUUUGUUUGAGCUUUCCCAGGAACCUUGAUUGUCCUCGUGAAUCGACAAAGGCUUUGGUUAGAGUGAGGUUUUCGGUUCGCUGUUCGGUACCAGAGUCAAAGAAUGGAGCUACUAAAGUGGAGUAUACUCCUUGGCUUGUUGUAGGCCUGGGUAACCCCGGAAGUAAAUACCAUGGAACUAGGCACAAUGUGGGAUUUGAAGUAAUCGAUAACAUUUCUAAAGCAGAAGGGAUUCGGAUGAACACAAUACAGUCUAAGGCAUUGAUUGGAAUAGGUUCUAUAGGAGAUGUACCAAUUUUGCUUGCAAAGCCUCAAACAUACAUGAACUUUAGUGGUGAAUCGGUUGGGCCUCUUGCUGCAUAUUAUCAAGUACCCCUUCGUCAUAUUUUAGUAGUUUAUGAUGAAAUGAGUCUUCCAAAUGGUGUUUUAAGGCUUCAACCUAAAGGAGGACAUGGUUACCACAAUGGGUUGAAAAAUGUAAUGGGCCAUUUGGAUGGUUCCCACGGGUUUCCUCGGCUUUCCAUAGGAAUUGGAAAUCCUCCUGGAAGUAUGGAUGUGAAAGCUUUUCUUCUGCAGAAGUUCAGUUCACUGGAGCGAAAACAGAUUGAUAGUUCAUUGGAGCAAGGAGUUGAAGCAGUGAGGACCCUAGUGUUAAAUGGGUUUAAUAACCAUGUCUAUAGAUUCAACUUAGGGCAAAAAUACAAGUACCAUAAGGUUUAAUUUUUCAUAAAUUAUAGAAAUGAACAAAUAAUAGCUAUGUAAUAUUAUUCUCAACUGAACCACAAAAUUUGGGGAGAGAUGAAAUCCAUGAAGUGUAUGCUUGGUAGCAAUUUUAUACAAAAAACACAUGCUGAGAUGUAAAUUUUUAAA